AAGUCAAAGAAGCGUCGCCAUGAUUUCUAGGACUUUUGCCUGUCCCGUUUUGAGGAAGCGACUGAAGCGUUGAAGUUGUUAACAGUAACACUAUGGCUCUUAAGAACACCAAACUGUUCCGGAACUGGUCGCUCUCUGUGAAAUGACGCGGUCACGAUGCUCUUCUGUGUCCUGUGUAUUCUACUCGCAGUCCAAGUACUGUCCGACGUGCCACCAGCACCGCCACAGGACGUCCAUGUGUACAACUGGCAGCUGACAUGGCGCCCUGCCCCCGAGGAGGGAAAGGUCACCUACACGGUGGAGUACAGCAGCAAUAUGUGGAAGAGUGUACCAGCAUGUGCCAAUAUAUCUUCGAAUUCCUGCAAUGUUAGUUCCACCAAAGCGGAGAGCGAGUCUGGAUGUGUUCUGCUACGUGUGCGAGCAGAGAGACGUGGUCUGACCUCGACACCGGUCGAAGCUUGUAGCCGACAUGGUGACUCGUGUAGCCCGGAUGUCCGUCUGACUGCAGGGCCGGCCUCCCUGACUGUACAUUUGAACAGAACCCACAGAUUGGCUCUGGAAUAUGGGGAGCACGCAAAACGCAUUGUUUAUUAUGGCAAGGAGGGAGAGCCCCUGCAGAAGUAUGCUGAUGUUCUGUCCUCGGUGACCAUCCCUGACCUGCAGGAGGGACAGCGUUACUGUGCAGCGGUGCAGUACAUAGUCUUUGAUUUGCCCGUUGGACUGGCCACAUGUGCUCGGUGUGAGCUCAUCCCGAAGUCAAGAAUAUUCUCCAAACAAUCCGAGCUAAUAGUUGCCGUGGUGCCUGCCGUCAUCGUCCUGCUCGUUCUGGUACCCGUGAUCGCAUACUUACUCAUCUUCCAGCGAGGGAGAAUUAAGCGGUGGCUGCGCCCUCCAUACCAGACCCCAGACAACUUGCUUGAACCAUUUGGUGAGAACUACAUUCCCAUCUGCAUCAGCAGCCCCACAGAGGAGCACUACCAUGUCCUUUCUGCCAUUUCCCCAGAGGAGCUUGGAGAAUGAAAGCAGCCGCCCUCCACCUACUUCUGCACUACACCACCUCUUUGUGGCCUCGGUACCAUGCUGUGUGGUACACACUGCCCACGUUUCUGAAGCCAGACUUUCUGCUCUACCAUAUUUCAUUUUUGCACAAUUAAUCUGAGUAUUCAUCUCUGAAAUAAUUCUAAAUUCCACUAAAGUGACACACUAGAUAUAAGUCAGCGCAUCCUAAAUAAAAUCAAUAUGCAGACGCCAAACAGGAUCCUGUCUUUGAGCCAAGAAAAAGACCACAGAUUUAGUUUUUUUUUUUUGUAGACUACUUUAAAGCAUUUUGCAUCCAUUGCUAUUCACUUUCAAUUAAUAUUUUAUCAAUACAGACAUUAAUUAACGAGAUUAUAUUGCUUAUUAACCAAGGUCUGUUUGAGAUGUCAUGAAACAGACACACAACUCAACUCAAGAUUCCCCUUUUCACAGCUUGAUUCUAUUGACUCCAUAUUUUUGAACAUGGCAAAACGCUGUAAUGCUUUCAUUUUCCUCUACACAUCUGAAACAAUUAAUAGACUUUUGACCUGAAGCCAACAAGGUUUAGAGUGAAAACUGAGACAUGGGUCGCUCGUCGGUGAGUUCACUGAGGGAAACAACAAAAUGGACAUAAAGGCUUUGGCAAAGUUUCAUAUUUCUAUAUUGUCUGUCUUGCUAAAUUUGUCAGCGGUUGUUCAGGGGAGUUUUUUCCUGUACAGAUGUCACACAGGGUGUUGCAUGUAUACAGUGCUCCUUGAAAGUAUGUGAACCCCGUAGCAGUUAAGUUUUCUCUUGUUUUACCAUGUUUUUUCUGUUUUAUCCUCAACAGCUUUACGUAUAUGAAAUGUCAGCUUUAUGUUUAUCAAUUGCAUGCAACUAUUUUAGAGGAAGUUGUGUGAGUAGCCAAAAAACACAUGGAACGUGCAAAAGUAAGUGACCCUACAUUGGUAAAGUCAAGUAGGUAACAGACUCAGGUAAAACACAUUUGGUUUGCUUAAUUGGUCAAUUAAGGUGAAGCUACGCAAAGACUCAAAGUCCAGUUCCUUAUCCGAUUCACCGUUACAUGCCGCAAUAGUCGGACUAUCAACUGGAUCGGAUCGAGUUAUCCAGGGGUGUUAGUCGGAUCGUAGUCGGACCGCACAUAGUCGGACAAAGGUGUUUACAUGAAACGGAUAAUUCAAUUUUAGUCCGACUAAGCCAGUUAUUUGAAUCCAUGUAACCACGCUGAUUGAAUCUGGGUUGCUGACCCUUUUCCCAACAAAGAGAGGAAACCAAGCACACUGCUGUAGUGCCAAGGUGUACAGAUCCUCAAUGCUGACAGGAAAGGAUCUCCAUCCAUCCACUGUAAGACAAAUCAAUUCCAAAAGGAGGGCGACCAACAUGACCACAACUCUACCUAGAAGUGGACGCCCAUCAAGCCCAAGAAGCACCCGAUUAAUAAUAAAUCAGGUAAAGCCUAACCUCUAAAGAGCUGCACACAUCUCUGGCAGCGUCUGUGGUAAAUGUACAUGCGUCUAUAAUCACAAAAAUUUUAUAGACAUUUUAAUUUGAGGGUUGCUAGAAGGAAGCCUCUGCUCUCAAGAAAAAACUAGCUGCCCAGAGAGCACUCGAGGAGAGCAUUUAUACUCUGGAUUGGGGUGGUCAAAGUCCGCACCUCAAUCCAAAAGAAAUGUUGUGCAUAGACCUGAAGCGGGCAACACAUGCCAGAUGUCCCUCCAACCUCUCAACUGGCUGAGUUCUCCAAGGAAGACACAACUCCCCAGCAGCAGAUCCGAGAGACUGGUCAGUGGUUACAGAAGGUUGAAGUAAUGGCUGGAAAGAAGGGGACACAAUCUACUAACUAAAAUGGUUCACAUACUUUCCCACGUGUCACAUUUUCAGCUGUUUUAGAUAGACCACUUGUUGAAUAAAUAAAACAAAUCAAU